AUGUCCAGCUACGUGAACGACCUGUGGCCGGGCUCGCCGCACAAGGCCUCCCCCUCGUCGUCGCGGUCGGGCCCGUCCAGCCGGCUGUCCUCGGCGUCCGGGAGCCGCUCUCCCCAGAGCUCUCCUUCCCGAUCCAUCGUCUCGACUCGGUCGUGGUCGCGGAGCCGCAGCCGCAGCCCGCCCCGGCGGAGGAGCAGGUCGAGGUCUCGCUUCCGAAGGCGCCACCGGAGGAGGUACCGGCGCUACUCGCGCUCGUACUCGCGGAGCCGCUCGCGCCCGCGCAGCCGCCGGUACCGGGAGAGGCACCACGGCUCCUCCAGGAGGUCCUACCGGUCCCUCAGCCGCCCCCGCUCCCGAGGCCGCUCGCAUUACCAGAGGGCCUACGCCUUCGCGCGGGACCGCCCUUACUACGGAUUCGGCCGCACCGUCUACCCGGAGGAGCGCAGAGGCUGGAGGGGGCGAUCCCGGACCAGGUCGCGCAGCCCAAGCCCAUUUCGUCUGAGUGAGAAGGAUCGAAUGGAGCUGUUAGAAAUAGCAAAAGCCAAUGCUGCAAAAGCAUUAGGAACAGCCAACUUUGACUUGCCAGCUAGUCUCAGAACUGUUUCUGUAUCUAAAGAAACCAACCGUGGAACAGCUGUACUGAAUAAUGGUGCAAAGUCUGAGCUGUCGGAUAAGUUAAUGGAAGAUGAAACAGAAAAUCCCAACGAGAAGUCUUCCCAGCAAAAAAGCAUAGCUUUUAGCUCUAAUAAUUCUGUAGCAAAGCCAUUGCUUCAGAAAUCAGCUAAAGCUACUGCUGAAGAGACCUCUUCAGGAUCCCCAAAAAUAGAUAAGAAGAAAAGUCCAUAUGGACUGUGGAUACCUGUCGAAAAGAACAUCAAUACCUAA